CCAACGCCCGGUGCGCAAGGCUUGAUUUAAACAAAUCUCCUGCCCCCGAAAUUUAAAAGACUUGUUUCCGUAGAUUUGAGCGAUGCAAAUCAGCUGGAAGACUUUUUAGACGAAUGAACGAUCAGCUUUCACUACGAACUCGUCCUUUCCGGUGUAUCGGCAGCUAUACAAUGGCAGAAAAAGGUGAUAAUAAUGACAAUCUCAAUGACCGCAUCCCGUUCCAGGCGCAGCCAAAAUCAAAGUUUCCCGACCCAUCCUGCUUGAACGGCAUUGCAAGACGUCCGCCAACUUCAACAGCCAAUUGUGCGAGUAAGGAAGCAAAAGCGAAAUAUUGCGGCAGGCCCAUCGCAGACUACGGGACCGCCUGUGUUGACCGUAAGGUCCGUACUCGUCGAAAGACAUAUGCAGCCCAACGCGAAAAGGUUCCAGGGGCGAAGCGCCAGAAAAAGAAGAAACAGUCUACCAAACUUCUCCCUGGGGGCUUGUAUCAUGGUCGCUGGAGGCCUGGAAUCUACUGGCCUGUGGUCAUUCUCUCUUGGGACGAUGCGAGGGUUGACAUGAAAGACCUGCCCAAAAGCGACUGCUUCGAUGUUGAUAACGAGAAGAUCGUGGGAUGGGCACCUGGUUAUGAAAACGGAGGUAUCCUAGCAUAUGAUCGGUGGUUUCCCGUUGUAUACCUCGACAAAGAUUAUUGUAUUGGUUGGAUGCAUGCGAAAGACUUCUUCGACUAUUGACCAGAAACAAGGUUAUUCCAAGGUGCGCGAACAGUAUGCCAACCUUACCAAGUAUGAGCCAAGAAAUGGUCAAGCAGAACCUAGUACAGUAGUUGGUCGGGAGUUCCAGGUUGAUUCAAAAUCUUGGUGGGCCACUGUUUUGGAGGGAUAAGAUAUGCCUGUACAGUAACGAAAUAAGAAAACACGCUUUCCAAUAGCCGUUUAACAGUAAAAUUGGCUGAAAAAUCCAACUUGAGGUCAAUAAGCCUCUUUUCAGGGCGCAAAAAUGGAUCAACUCAAUGGCGUGGAACAUGCGACGAGCGAAGAGGUAAAUAUAGAAGUUAAUCGUUAUCUUUGAAGGAUGAAGGCGCAACCACGCUG